AUGAUGCGUCUGCACGGUCGUGUUAUUGCGGGAGCCCUCUACUCCAUGUCAGUGACAAUACUGCUGGGUACGACCGCCUACCUGUACGUCUCGCUUUGCCGAUACAAGCACGUUCGCCUGCGUGUUCCUCCUCCUAAUAAGGGAAUUAUCCCCGUGCCGUAUGAGUGCGCCAACUCGGAGGGGGACUUAGAGGUCUGCACAAAAGACAAAUGCGCGGGCGCAUGGAAACCUCCACGAGCGCACCACUGCUCAAUGUGCGGCGUAUGCAGGCUUGACUUCGACCACCAUUGUCCUUGGCUAGGAAACUGCGUUACAAAGCACUUGAUGAAGCAGUUCUUGCUCUUCAUCACACUUACCCCGGUUGCAGUCGGUGUCGCCGUGGCGCCCAUACUUGGCGUGAUGCUCAGACAUGCUACUACCGCUAUCGCAGUCUCACGACAGGACGCCUGGGCAAGGAGUGUCUGGUGGGACUGGUGGGGAUCCUGGAUUUUUCUCGGCGGCCCCGUCGGUCGAUAUGUUGUCGGGGGAAUUCUAGGCGUUCGCGCUCAGCGCAGGCAAAACAUCGCCUGGACGAUAGCUUGCCACCCAGGCUGUCUCGUCGAGCAACCGCAUCUGAGGCUCAUGGUAACGGCUGGCUUCGGCGUGCUAUUCGCGUUGUUUGCAUGGGGCUUGUCCAUAAUGGUCAUUCGGAACAUUCUACGGGGACGUAGUAUGCUAGAGAUGCUUCGAACUAAGUCAGUCCGGUAUAUAUGUAUCCCUGCCCCAAGAGGAGAACUACAGCCGGGCGUAUACGCCAUAGAUCGUGCCGACAGCAACAGGCUUUAUGAUCUGGGCGCACGAAGGAAUUGGAUGAAUAUGAUCAGCCGCAAUUUUUCUACCAGAAAUAGUGCACAAUUUCUAUGGCCAGAAAUCAGCCCGGACAUCCUAGCUAAACUACAGAAGAGGGCUGACUAA